ACAGGGCUCUAUUGUCUAUUGUAGAUUCUGAAGUAGGCUGUCACUGAAUCUAGUUACAGUUAGCAAUGAAUGAUCCCAAUAAUCUCUUUGACCGUCCCUUGCCUACAUUUGAUGACUGUUCCAUAGACAUUUCCUCCUAUAAUAAUAUAGUGCAUGAUAUAAUGCUUGGAAACAAGGAGAAAAACUUGAAACGUCAAGAUUUGGCAGCAACAAAUAAGCUAGGAGUGGGGGUAUUCAAGGCUGAUGAGGAUACCAGUGCAUCAAAGAAAGCAAUUGAGGAAGAGAAAUCAAAGGAAGAUGAAUCAAAAGAGAAGAAUGCCUGGAGACAUAUACCUACUUGUGAUAUGGAUUGGAUGAUUAUUUCGUCCUAUGGAGAUCAAUUUGAUCCUUCUAUUGAAGUUACUUAUAAGGAACAACAAGACAAUGAUAGCAAUAGAAUGAUAUUAGCUCGGAAAGAAAUGGAAGAUAUGCUUGAUGUUUGUAGUAAAGACAAAGGACUGUUUCUGAAAGAUGUCUGCCCUGAUUUUCCUGGUGUUCAGUUUUCUAAAGAAGAACAUAUGGAAAGAAUAAAACAAAUUAUGUUGUCAAGCCAACAAGAAGGAGUUCUCAUUUGGUAUACUGGUCAUAGUGAGAAGGAUACUGGUAAUUGGUGUUUCAAAGACAGAGUCAUAUCAUUUCAAGAUGUCUUUGGUCUCUACAUGGAUCACAUGAGAGGAAAGCGUCUCACCAUUAUAUCUGAUUGCAGUUAUUCUGGUAAUUGGAUCAAGCAGUGUGCUGAGAAGCUGGAUGAGAUUGGUAUCCCUGCUUGUGGUCAUCAUGCUAGAGAGCAAGGAAUAUUACUCAAGAUAUUCCCCUCUUGUAAAGCAAAUGAAAAGGCUACCAUUAAUUGCUUUGCUAAAGAAGGCGUUUUUGUCAGUGAUGGCUUAAGAUUUCGUUGUAAGACCAUGACAUUAGGUCAAACCUCAGUAUGGGGUGAUUUUAGAGUAUUGUGCUGUAGCAGUGAAUCAGGUCCAUGUGACAUAUCCUCUAAAUGGUGUGAUCGGUUGAUGGCAAAGAACCAGCUCUUCAAAGUAACAGGUAAAGAUCGAGGCCGUCCAGCUUGGCAUUACGUAUUAGUUGAUGAGGAUAAGCUUGAAGAAUUCAAUACUUUAUUCCGUGAUGAAGCUAGACCACGAGUUGAUGUUGCUGAAUACGGGAAGGUUCUGAAAUCUGGGUGGGGAGAGAAUCCUCCAGAAGAUAUCAUUGAUAAAUUUAGUGAAUAUUUUAUAAAAUAUUAAAUCUAUCUUUUAUUGCAGUACCUUUUGACUAGUAAAGAAAUUAUUAUUUUUGUGUAGUUUUUGUUUGCAUGAUGUAAGUAUUAACUUUGUGAUUGAUAUUAA